AGAGCCACAAAUAAUAGCACAAGCAGAGUCCAUAUCUUCCAAGUCUUACGUUAUCCUUUAAGCUUUCUUCAGCUGUUAGACAACAACAAUUUUUGUACUUGAUUAAGCUUAAUUUUAUUUUCCUAGCUUUUCCUUAGGGGGAUUAUUCAUACAUAUAAAACUCUGGGCAGCUGUAAACAGCCUCAGUUCUCCCUCUUAAGUGCAAUCAUAUAUUAUUGAGCGAAAGGCCGUGCGUGGAAAUGGUGUGCAAGAAGGUGGAUUUGAAGUAGAUUUGGUUACAAUCGAUCAGAGGAGAAGAAUAUUGCUGAUGGUAACAAAAGAAGCAGCUAUGUCUUUCUCGCAGUUUGGCUAUCCUUACAAUGCAACGUCACAGUUUUUCGUGUCGGCAAACCCCAGUACGACUUGCUGCGAUUCGAUUUCCAGGUCGGUCUCUGAUGGGUCGAGCGGGUCCCAGACUGCCGCUUCCUCGUUCUGCUGUCCCUCGUACGAGAACCGGCUUUUGGCAAGCACACGCACCGAGCUCAACGCCGCACUCGGGAUGUACAGUUCACCGUACGCAGCCGCAGCCGCUGCGAGCCAGAACUACGCAAACUACUUUCCAUACAGCCCGGACCCUUCAGCAAUCUAUUCAACACUGAACCCCCAGUAUGAUAUCAAGGAAAGUGCCGGUGGUUUGCACACUGGGAUCACCCAACCGGCUGCCUACUACCCUUAUGACCACUCACUGGGCCAGUAUCAGUAUGACAGGUACGGCACUGUGGAUUUCAAUGGGUCAGCGAGAAGGAAAAACGCCACUCGGGAAACCACAAGCACUCUAAAAACAUGGCUUUAUGAACACAGGAAAAACCCCUACCCUACAAAGGGGGAAAAGAUCAUGCUGGCCAUCAUUACCAAAAUGACCCUCACUCAAGUGUCCACCUGGUUCGCCAACGCUAGACGGAGGCUAAAGAAAGAGAAUAAGAUGACCUGGUCACCCAAGAAUAAGGCAGGGGACGACCGCAAAGAUGACCUGGAUAAAACAGAUCCGGACUGUACCACCAAAGACUCCAAAGACUUCAAGGAAGAGAAGGAGCUGCACUUGAGUGACUUGGAUGAUAUUGAGGACGAUGACUGUGACAAGCUGGACAGCGACUGCGAAAAACUCAGCCAGGACGAGCAGGUGCUCCAGACAGCCAUGUCCGCAGCGCUCCCAAAGAGAGACUGCAACCCCGAGCUCUCCCUCACCAGCUUCCCCACGUUCCCCUGCAGCAUUAAAGGGGUGACAGCCCUCACCACGGACUUCCUGGAGCCCAUAACCUCCGGCAAGUCGCCGUCGUCGGGCAUUCCCACCUGCAGCGUGUCCCUGUCGCACUUUGAAAGCUUGGACAAGCCUCGGAUCUGGUCGCUGGCUCGCACGGCCGCCACUAGCUGCUUGCAGGACGCCAACCUCCGGACUGGGAACCCGGCUGUGAACUGCCAGCUCCAGGCUGCCAGGAUUCCGGGCACAGGAGGCGGACAUUGCAGGGACCUUCGGGGUCUCCAGGACUCCGCGAAUAAUCUCCCAAGUGCUGAGAGCCCUUACCAGGAGGGCCCACUGACAGCAACAGCCGCAGCACCCCCACCACCACCACACAACAAGGUCUAUCACGCUGGCAGCUAUACCCACAAGGCCCUGCAACUGCACUGCUCGUCCUACCCUGCACUCACUGACACGUGUCAGUACACCUCCAUAGACGGCUUCUCCAGUGAUGGCAAAUCAGAAGCGGAAUCCGGUGAGCUCAGUGACUCGUGUAUAACAAUGCAGGACGGAAAGGUCACGGCCUUCAGACCUGUGAUGAAGAGGUGAGGAAGAGUGAUUGAGAUGCAGCCAAAAAACACUGGGACGUUUAUAUAAUUUCAAUUAUGCACUAAGGACCUGCGAUGACGACAAAGAAUGCUAGUGGCUGACCCGCUGAACUUAGUGGAGUUUCACCGCCAUGAAAUCAGACACUCAUUCGCAACUGUGGAUGCAGCCAUAACUUUGCACAAUGUUAUUAUUAUAUGGUGUUGACGAAUUUAUGCAAAAUUCAAAAAAAUGCAACACAUGAGAAAACUGUGUGGUAAUUUCCUAUGUCUGCACUUGGCAAUCGUAGGGUAGCAGUCUUAUUUAUGUAUUUAUUGUUUAUGAUUCAUCUAUUUAUUUCGUGUCAUAAGUCCUCUAAAUGUUUUUGUUGUGUAGUCUGUUUCAUAUCUGUGACCAUGUGCUAAAUGUGACAUGUUUGGCUUGUUUUGGGGAAAAGGAUGUGCUGUUUAUUGUUGAAAGCCUAUUUUUAUUGGCAAAAUCAUUGUGUGGAGUAUGUGUUGACAAGAAGAAAAAUGUACAGUGUACUUUUCAGAUACAUUGUGAACAUAUAAUUUCCGUGUCGUUCAUUUAUAAAUAUUUUUUAAGAA